UCGGCUCGGGCUUGGGCGAGGGGCGGCGUCGCGGGAGCCCGCAGUCAUGCUGAGAGCCUCAGCGGAGUCGGUGGAUCCACGUCGCGAGGGCUUUCAAUCUUACGAGACGACAUCGUCGCGUGACAAAACGAUCGGCGAACCGAUGCCGAGGAAAUCGCAUCGCGUGAACCGUACCCGUAACAAAAUUGAUACGAGAUUAUAACGACGCGCCAAACCUGUGAUAACUCGCCCAACAAUAAUCGAAUAUAUUUUGGUACUUUUAGUAAUAACGUAGAGUUUAUAGGUUGAGUGAGUGCCUGCGUCAUAGUGCCGAUCGAUAAAACUUGUAAAUUGUAGUGUUGCCCCACGCUGUUGUAGGCUAACCUUGGAUUUUCGUUAUUAUCAGGGCGCCGUCACAAUCGAAACGAAGAAAAAUGGUAGCAAACCCUAUCAGUCACGUUCACACUUAGACGUGUGGAGCCCCCGACAUCUACACUAUUGAGGAUUUUGCAAGAAGGCUUAUCAGCGGGGAAGACCCGCCGCGUGGAUGGUGGCGGGCGAAUGGGGCUAUGCGCCGGUGCCGGCCACCCCCGCCAUGAAUGCGUUCCUGGAGACCAACCAUGCGCACCUCGCCUCCUAUGGCCUGAAGAUGUCGCCGCAGCCGGCGUGCGGCGUGGGUGCACAACACCGCACCGCCGCUCCGCAUCCUCCGCCGCAUCACCCGCCGCACUAUCAGCCAUACCCGCUGCACUCAUAUCAGCCUGGCUAUCUGCGCGACUACGGCGGCUGCGGGGAGCUAUUUCCGCAGCAACCGCUCGAGCAGAGCUGGGAGUGGCGCGGCGACGUGCACUACCAGGGAGGGCCACCGCCGCUGGUGCCGCAUGCGCACGCGCACGCGCCGCACGCCUUCUUGCGCUACGUGCGCGCUCCCCCUCGGCGCGACAUGCGCUGCCAAUGGCUCGACCCGGAACAGCCGCCGCCUCGCAAAAUGUGCAACAAACUGUUCUCCAGCAUGCACGAGAUCGUGACCCACCUAACUGUCGAACACGUCGGAGGGCCAGAGUGCACGACGCACGCCUGUUUCUGGCAGGGUUGUGCACGGAAUGGAAGACCGUUCAAAGCGAAGUACAAGCUCGUCAAUCACAUCCGAGUGCACACGGGAGAGAAGCCGUUCCCCUGCCCUUUCCCCGGUUGCGGGAAAGUGUUCGCGAGGUCGGAGAAUCUCAAGAUACACAAGAGGACUCAUACCGGCGAGAAGCCGUUCAAAUGUGAGUAUGCGGGCUGCGACCGGCGCUUCGCCAACUCGUCGGACAGAAAGAAACACUCACACGUUCACACGUCCGACAAGCCGUACAACUGCCGCGUGCACGGUUGUGACAAGUCCUACACGCACCCCUCCAGCUUGCGCAAGCACAUGAAGGUGCACGGCGCCGCCGGAGACGCCUCUCCGCGCUAUGACAGCGAUGCCGACGACUCAUCGUCCGCCGCCAGCGUUAGUGUCACUGCCGGCGCCGCAAGCCCGCCCGCGCCAGCGCUCCCUGCCCCGCCUGCGCCUGCGCCCGCGCCUGUACCGCCGCAACCGCACGCGCCGCACCACGGGCACCAUCACGCCUCCAUUACAGACAAGUUGGAAAGCCUCAACGACAAGUACCUCAGCCCCCAUGACCACAAACCAUACGAUCGGCCGCCGGCGCCACCGCACCACGCACAACCGCCGCACCUCACGAACAUUGGCGGCAACGGCAUGAUGGACAACAAGAUUGGCUUCGGAGGGCACUGGUCGCAGUUCCAGCAGCCGACGGCCGCGGUGCCGCAUGGCGUGCCCGAGUGGUGGUGUCCCUCGCAGGAGCCCUACCACCAUCAUCACUUGAUGCACCACUCGGGCGCCGCCGCCGCAUACUGACCACAUCGCGCUUAGGGAACUCUUCAUUCGACGAAUAAUACUAUAGUAAAAUUUAAAUCUAAGUUCAGAUAAAACGAAGGAAGAAAACAAUGAAACGUGGAAUGAAAAGUUUACUUAAGCGCCAAAACGCCUUCGCAUUACGCUUAUUAAAAUCAUAAAAUUAACGUAUAUAGUCAGAAGUUAUUUUUUAAUAUUUGUAUGUAAUAUAUGCCAGCCGUCCGUCGGAGCAGAUCUCUGCACAUAGUAAGUGAAGAGUUAAUUCGGUAAGCGAGAACAUUGUUGCGGACAACAAUAGAAUUAUGAUGACACGUUUCUGUGCGUACAAGUUAAAACAACAGAGUUGUUAACAAAGAGCGCUAGUUGAAAGCUUUACGGCAUGUUGUAUAUUUCCCUUAAACACAGUGUACGCGUUUGCUAUGCGGGAAGUGUCUUAUUAUGUUGGAGGAGGCGAGGCAUGUGCCCGCACAAGCAUUGUCCGUCGGCUAAUGUCAUUUCUAAGCAACUCGAUAUGCACCGAGGAUUUCGUCAACCGUAUUGUUGACAGUGAUUUAUUGCAGCCUUUCGUAAUUUAUAAGUCUUUUAUGAUGUACAAAACCGUUUCCUUGUCAAAUUAUUCUAUAAACAUGUACCACGGUCUCUAAAGACACUUUUCAAUUGUCUAUGUACUUAUUAUAUUCUUCAUUUGUUUUUCAAUUCGAAUGUAUUGUAACUAAAUAAGGUCACAUUAUGACCAGUAUGGCCAAAGCACCAAGUCCAAUAAAAUACGAUAGAUAGGUUGUAUAAUUGUAAAUUUAUAAGUUCGAGGUAUUUAGAUAGUUAACUUGUAAAAAUAUAAUAAGCAAAUGCCCAGUGAUAAUAGUUGUAAGGGAUUGAUUUAAUGAAAUAACUAUCUGUGUCGUCUUUGAUAUUAUUAUGUAUUAUCGAUUUCUGUAUAACUAUUAUAUAUUAAAAAGUAACAAAUAUUUUUUCACGGAUCGGCUGUAUAGAUAGAUAUGAAAGUUUGUAAAUGCUAACUAUAUUUUAAAAAUGACUGAAAGAAAAGAAUGUAUUUUAAGUUUAAAUUUAGAAUUUGUUGAUUGUCUUUUUCUAAAGCCAUGUAAAUAGC